GUAAAACGGUGUUGAAAAGAUCUGACUUUAUGUCUUUAGGAUUGAACCAGGAAGUGGAAGCAACAGUGAUGAACUGUUGCCUUUCUCAGUUAUCACACAUUGCUGGAGAGAAGGGCAAGGAUGUUUAUGUUCUUGAUUCAUAUGUGGUGGCCACUUGGCAACCACCUCUGAAUUGUGAUCCAUUUCUGUCCCUGCCAACCGAUGCAUCCUCAAAAGACUGCAUCCUGUUUCCUAUAUGCAAAUCAGGUCACUGGACCCUAUGCCACAAUCGCAAUAAAGAUGGUUCCAGGAUCUUGGAAGCUGGUUAAAAACAAGGGUGUUCCAGCACAGUCAGGAUCUGUGAACUGUGGAGUAUUCAUGCUAAUGUAUGCACUGUACAUGGUGUUUAACUGGGAGUUUGACUUUACCCAGAAUGAUAUGGCCCAUAUCAGGCGGUGGUGGGUGAAUCUGCUACUGUCAAAAAUGACACAUGGAAGAAAGAGGAAGUGCACAUCAGCCAUGCCAGUCAGUGAAGAGACAGAACGAGAGGAGGCAGGACAAGUACCAAACAUCGAAAUCUUGAUGUUGCCGGACGCUGUCCUGUCUGAAAUUCUACUCCUCGUGGUCCUUGAGGAGGGGGAUUCUGGAUUGUUGAAUCUGUCUUUAGUUUGUUCUAAAUUCAGAAGUCUGGUGGAUACAGACUCAUUUAGGAGGAGGGCACACUUCUGCUGGCUUGACAGUGUAACAAAUUGGAGAGGGAAGACUUGUCAAGAGUAUUAUCAGAUGUACACACUGCAGCCCUGCAGACACUGCAAUGACAUUUACAAGAACUGCUUACCAGGUUAUGUUGGAAGAGGAAAACGAGGAGAAAUCCAAGGCUUUUACUCUGAAAACACCCAUCCAGGGUUUUGCAGUGAUUGGUGUCAGCUGCUGGAGAGUGAAAAUUCAUUCACUCUUCCAGGUCCAGUCUAAAAGCCUACUUGACUAUCCAACUCGUCUAAUUGCGUAGGACAUAUAAGAUCGGUUCCAACCAGCACACAGCUUGUUCCGCCUGCUUCAAUCGGGUAGGAGGUACCGCCUCUUCUCAGGCAGUUAGACUGCUGAAUAAGAACCACCCCGGCUACCUCUUCUCACCUAAUCCACUCACUUAACACUACCCAACAACUACAAUAACGUGAACUGGACUUUGCAUUGUUGCAGCUGCACAAAAGUGACUGUUCUGGUUCAUGGUGACUGUUUGCCUUAUCCCUUGUUUUUGUCGCUUUCCCCGUUUCCUUGCUAUUGUUGAUCUCACUUAAUCUGUCUAUUAUUUAUAUUAUCAAACAUUGCAAUAAUUGUGACUGGACUUUGCAUCGCUGAAGCACAUUCAAGUAUACAACAUCUUUUUCUGGUUACUAUUGAUUCUCUGCCUCAUACACUUUAUUUUUUUUAUCUUUAUUCCUGUUUGAUAUCUGCCGCUGUGCCUUGUUACAAAAUAUGCUCUUGUUGAUCUUAUUCCUCAUAAAUUGCACUGUCGACUGAUGCCCUAAUGUAAUUUUGUUGUAACACUGCAAUGACAAUAAAUUGUUAAGAUGAUCUUUA